AGAACUCAUGUUCUUGAUCAUAAAGCAAGUGUAUUUUUAUCAAUUACUAUGGACUAUUAUACCAAUCCUCUAGUUCUCUUGCUUGCCUGGACUUUGGUCCAUGGCUUCAAUUUAUUAGUAGCAUUAACAACAAAUAGAAGCAGAAAGCUUCCUCCAGGACCUUUCCCAUUACCCAUAAUCGGAAAUCUUCACUUGUUAGGCAAUCAACCACAUAAAUCACUUACCAAACUCGCCAAUUUUCAUGGCCCAAUUAUGCGUCUGAAGUUGGGCCAAAUAUCAACUGUGGUCAUUUCAUCUUCAGACAUGGCCAAACAAGUGCUCCAGAAGCAAGACUUAGCCUUCUCUAGCAGGUCAAUUCCUGAUACAGUCCAAUCGGACAACUUUCACAUGUCCUCAGUUGUUUGGGUUCCCGCUUCCCAACAUCAAUGGAGAAGUCUCCGCAAAAUAUUGAAUUCCCACAUCUUCUCCAUUAACAAGCUUGAUGCCACCCAGCACCUUAGGUACAAAAAGAUGGAAGAUCUUAUUGUUUACUGUCAAAGGAGUAGCGAAAUCGGCGAGGCAGUAGAUAUUGGUGGUGCAAUUUUCAGGACCAUGUUGAAUUUACUUUCCAACACUCUUUUCUCAAGAGAUUUGGUUGAUCCGUAUGAAAAUUCCGGUGAGGAAUUUAAGGAUUUGGUGGAGGGACUAAUGAUAGACAUGGGUAAACCAAACUUGGUGGAUUAUUUCCCAGUGCUAAAAAUAGUAGAUCCGCAAGGUCUAAGGCGAUAUAAUUCUCACUUCGGAAAGCUACUAAAGUUUUUUCAUGGAUUGAUAAAUGAGAGGCUCGAACUAAGGAAGUUGAAGGGAAAAAACACUAAUGAUGUUUUAGACACCUUACUCACAGCCAGUGAAGAUAAUCUUCAAGAUAUUGAUCGCAAGCAUAUAGCUACAAUACUUUUGGACCUAUUUGUUGCUGGGACUGAUACAAGUUCUAACGUAGUGGAAUGGGCUAUGACUGAGAUUCUUAAAGCUUCAGAGAUUAUGAGGAAAGCCCAAGCGGAGCUCGUGCAAGUCAUCGGAGAAGGCAAGGCAAUAGAGGAAGCUGACGUUGCCCGACUCCCUUACUUGCAGUGCAUUAUUAAAGAAACUUUCAGGAUGCACCCUCCAGCUCCUUUUUUGGUUCCUCGAAAAGUAGAGCAAGAUGUUGAGGUGUGUGGCUACAGUGUCCCUAAAGGUUCAAAAGUGAUGAUUAAUGUGUGGGCAAUUGGCCGGGACUCAACUCUAUGGGAAGACCCUUCAGUGUUUAAUCCUGAUAGAUUUAAGGAUUCAAAAUUGGAUGUGAGAGGUCAAGAUUUUGAGUUGAUUCCAUUUGGUGCUGGUCGGAGAAUUUGUCCUGGUCUGCCAUUGGCAUUAAGGAUGGUCCCAGUAAUGAUUGGUACAUUGUUGAAUACAUUUAAAUGGAAAAUUGAGGGUGACAUUGCACCAAAUGACUUGGACAUGCAGGAGAAAUUUGGUCUCAUCUUGGCUAAACUUCGUCCUCUCCGAGCUGUCCCACUUCCCCUCUAAAAUCCAAAAUUAGAUGGCUUCCGUCCUAGAAAUGGCAAUGGCUGAUCGAUGAACAUUGUAACUUAUAUUUCAUUUCCAAAAAAUGAAGAAUUUAGUACUAUAAGCACAGAUUAUGUAAUUUUGUAGAGAAGGAAAUUAGUUUCUUCCUAAGAAAAAAGAGAGGGAAGAUGCAUUUGAUUUUACUUGAAGUUGAGAAGAUGCAAGGCAAUUUAAUUUGAAGACUUUUAAGUUCGUUCAUGCACAACGCAUGUAAUUAACCUUCUUUAAUAAUUACCUCAUGUUUAAUUUUAAUUGAAAUGUUUGCGUACGUGUCUUUGUACCUUGAUCCAUUUAUUUGCCUCUGUAUAAUUA